AUGAUGCAUAACAUUCUAUCAGAAAUCUAGGCCAAGAUCACCGGAAUUAGAGAUGUGUUGAUUCCAUUGUUGUAAGCUGAAAUUGAGACCAAGGAUGGAGAAAUCAAGGCACUCAAUUCAAUUUUGAAUGAUGCAAGACUCAAUUUGUCUGAAGCUGAAGACAAUCUCUCUGCCACUCAAAAUAGAUGGAUUGAAAGAACUGCAUCACACAAUACCUUGAUCUAAUAAUACGACAAUGAGUUAUUAGCCAUUAAGGAUGCUGAAAAUGCCUUAAAAAAGGGAGGCAUAUUUAGAUAGUGAUAUUAACACCAAUAAUUCCCUUCAAAAUAUAAUAUAUUUAUUAUUAAAUUUCGUUAAAA